ACAGAAGAGCCGCAAAACAUCUAUUAAUUGCCCUAAAGACAGGCAGAAAUUGGAUACAGACAAGGUAAAUGGUUUUAAAGGAAACUACUGAUUUAUACUGAUUUAAAUGAACUAUUGACUGUGGAAUUUUCAUUAAAUUAAUCAGCUGAAAUAUGUUGUGUAUGUUUAGUUGUUAUGCAGCAACACAUUCUUUUGCAUGCAUUUGCAUGUUCCUAAUAUGAAGAAGUUGCAUUGAAAUAACAUAUUAGAGGGAACCAAACUUAGAGUGCUAUUAUUAGGCUUAAAUUUUCCCAUUUCCCUUUGCUCUGGCUAUCAAAUUUAAAAUAUUUUAAAUAUAGAUAUAUUUUUAACAUAUUUUGCCACUGUUUUACAAGUUGAGAUAAACAUGAUGGAAUAAUUUAUGCAUAAAUUUACCACAAAUAUUAAUUAAAAAUUGUGAAUUUACAUUCACAGUUAUUAAUUAGUUGACAAGCCCAUGAUGUUAAUUUCCUGGUCAGGAAAAAUUUUAAACAUGAUUCAAUUAAACACAUUAUCCAUAAGAUAUCUUGAACUAGAUCAAUUCUAGAAUUUUAUAUUUUGUUGCAAAUUGAUGGUCCCAUAUGUCACUACUCAGAAAAUAUCUCCUGAACCUUUUGACAAAUUGAAAUCAAUCUUUUUUAGUAAACAUGUGUGACAUGCUACUUUCUGGAAAUUUCUGUGAAAUUCAUUGGGGUGUUAAGAUUCUCCUGGAAGAAAUUGUGGAAAGAAAUGAAGAUGUAGAAUACAUCAUUACAUUUUGUAAGUCACUUGGCAAGAUAACCUGUUUGAGCCCAUUCCCAUUCCCUAAGUGUGAGUGCAUAAAUUUCUGUAUCUAAAAUACAAUUGUAAUAAUGUCAAUAAUUAAACAUUACAUUUUUUUAUAUAUAUUUUCAGGAUGUCUUCCCCGACAAAGCAACAGAACGGAAGAUACUUUCUUUAACCAUUAGAUGUCCAAAUCACCUAAUGGAAUAUACCUCAUCUGGAUGUAACUGGACUGGUGAAUUGAGGGAGAAGGAGGUAAAAAAAAUAAAGAGAGAGAGAAAUAACAAAAAAAAGCCAACUGGCCUAAUGCUUCAAUACUACUCCAUCAGUUGCUACAUGUAAGCCUGUGUUUCUCCCUAAUUUGAGCUUGAUGGUUUGAGCCAAGUUAGUGUACACCCUACAAGGAUCUUAAAGACAAUUUAAUUCUGGUAACACCAUGGCCUCAAAGGGUAUAAAAAACAACAAUAUAUGCGUUAUUGACAAAACUUAUUUGGUCAAGAUGGCCUGGUAUUGGCCAUCAUUUUAAGAGUUUUAUGGACCAAGACUAUAUAAAAUGCAAAAAAGGAAUGCAAGGUUGAUGUCACUACAUGUAUCUUGCUUGAUCUCCAUGCUUAUUCAUACAAAUCCCACCACAGCUGGAUAAUAUGAUUCCUCUGAUAACUACUGUAUUCAAGCAUGUACUGUGUAUUGCACUUUUUUAAUUACAGGUACUCCAUUCUGUUCUUUUAAUUUGCUAUAUUCUAUUUUUCAUUUAUCAGACUCACCUAAAAACAUGUCAGUGGAAAUUGAUCCCUUGCACAAAUGCAAAGUGUCAAGUCCAAGUCAGGAAGAUGAAUCUCAAUGGCCAUUUGAGGAACAUCUGUCAGUGGAGAAUCAUAAAGUGUGUACACUGCAAUAGGUCAUACCCAAAAUGUGAGGUGAAGGUAAUUGUAAAAUUCAUGUGGAUAUACUAAAAGGAACAGGAUCGCAUCAAGGCUGAAUUAUGUUAUAAUCAAGUGACACUCCAAGCACCCCAGGUUAUGUUGAUAACAUAGUGUUAGGUCAUCUUGACAUUUUACUUCUAGGAAAAACUGAAUGUUAAAUGGUAUAGAGCUAUUUGAACUGUAGCUUAUCAUAUUAUUUUCUGUUAUUUCCAAUUUAAUUUGUAACUAGUUUACCUGCAAGAUCAUUUCUUUACUUGUAUCUGAUCAUCUUGAAGUUAGCUACAUAUUGUUACUGUAAUGUAACUUCAAACUCUGUCAACUGACCACUAAGGUCAGUUUUAUUAAUAUAAGAUAUUUCUGGUCCCAAGCCAUGAAAUCUAAGCUCACAAAGUUGAGACUUGCAUACUAGUGAACCAUGCAGAAAAGUAGUGAGAAAAUUAAAUCUUGUCUUCUGAUUUUGUUUAUAUGUUUAUCUUUGUCUUGCUCCUUUAUGUCCCAUUGCAGGGCUUAAAUAACUAUAUCAAUAUUAUUAUCAUUAUUGUUGUUGUUUAUCAUUUUCUGUAAUUAUUAUUAUUAGUGUUAUUACUAUAUUAUUGUUAGAUAUUGUAAGGAAGUUUUACCAAUAGGUCUGGCAUUUUCUCCUGAACCAGAUUCCUUAGCCUCAUGUCCAUCUCUUGAAAAUUUAACACUCACAUUAUGUUCCAUGGCAUACGACAGCCAAAAAUUUAUUACAAAAUGUAUCAGGUUAUCAUCAUUAGACUAUGCUUAAAUUUUUUUUUGUUUGUAUUAAUUAUUAAUAUUUUUCCUUUAACUUUGCAGAAUCAUGUUAAAAAAUGCCCAAAGCUUCAACUACAUUGCCCCAACAAGUGUGGCCAGUCUAUUCCUAGAGAGGCGGUAAGCUUUUCAUAUUUUUUUCUGAUAUUAGGUGUAUGUGUGUUUGUCUUUGUUUAUGCGUGAUAGUAUUCAGGGUUAUCUGAAAUAGAACUUAUUAAGCUCCUCCCUUUUUUAGACAUUGAAGUACACUAAAAUUAUCUGAAGUUGCAGAAUUAAAUGACACAUUGGCUUACUGAUUAUUGUGCUGAACUCUGGUUCCAAGACCAGGCCAGGUCAAUGUAUUCUGUUCUUGGGCUGAAAGCACCUUACUUUCUCAGUGCUGCUCUCCACCCAGUAGUAUAAGUGGGAAGUGGGUACUGCUGAAUUAUCAGGAUGAGCAUCCAAGUCCCAUCUGGGAGGGAGAAUUGAUACUCCUUGUUGCUUCAUGCUAUGGGAACUAGGAUAAGCUCCAUGUGGGUGGGCCUAUGGACUUGUCACAAUACUGACUGUUAACUACAUGUACCACUUUACACCUUACAAAAAUGUCUCAGUGCAGUGGUGCUUGUUCAUUUGCUUGUGCAUUGAUGUUGAUAAUUUCUUUCAGAUCACCAAUCACACUCAGACUAUUUGUCCACUAGAAAGAAUAAACUGUCCCUAUCAAUAUCUUGGCUGCGAAAGAAAGGUAUGUGCUAAUAUGUUAGUCUGAGAGGCUUCACAGAAUCUUUGAUUAGCAGCUACAUGUGUAGCUCCAGGUUUAGGGAUAGUGCCUAGUACAAGAAAGGUAGUCAACUCAUGACUACAAGAUAAAGAGAUCUCAACGAAGGUUAUAGAAAUCAAAAGAGAAAAUUAGGGGUAUUUGAGCACCUUUUUUCCCUGCAGAUGGUUAGGGUUAAAAUCUGGAGAAAAUCUUGACCUGGCAUUUCUUUUUCUGCUUUGAGGUUUACGAACUAAAAUUUUGUCAACAAUUAUAUGUGACUUUGGAUUUUGCGGGCAUAAAGUCGGAAGUUGAGAGAAAUAUUCCUUAAGAUAAUUAAUAAAUUAAACUAUGACCCAACAUUGCUUGUUUCAUAUUUUUUCGCUAAAAAUAAUGUUGAUAGUGACUGAAUUAUUAUCAACCCUAACUGUUCUCACAUGUACUAGCUAGAUUACGUGAUAAAGAACAUUUGCAUAUGAGAAGGAAGUAAACAUGUGUAGAAUGGUAAAUAGUCACUUCUGGACUCCAGAGUUAGAGCUGAAUUAAGGCCCAGAAAGUAAUUUGGCAAAAAUCGUUUUUAACUUUGACUGGAGAACGUAUCCUCAAGAGAGAAACUAUUGUCUUUGUUUUCGUUUUUGUUUUGUUUUGGUUUGUUUUUGUUUUUUUGUUUUUUUUCAUAAAUUGACUACAGUUGUUAUUAAUUAGAUUCUUCGGCGCGAGGUGGAUCAUCACCUGGAAAUCGACAUCAAAUCACAUUUUGAUUUCGCUUGUGCGAAGUUGAAGGAUACAGAUAAGGAACUAGGUGCCAUAAAGAGACUCGUGGAUACACGUCUGUUUAUUUGGAGGAUUGGCAACUUUGAUCAAGUUUUAAAACAAGCUACGAAUGAAGGGAAGGAAGAGUUAAACAGUGAUCCGUUUUACUCAACAACCAUAGAAAAUUAUGGCUACAAGUUACAAGUGAGUGUCUGUCCUAACGGCAAUUAUCAGAGUUCGUACCUCUCUGUGUUCAUUGCUGUGAAAAGAGGUGAUUAUGACGCCAUAUUACCUUGGCCUUUGAAGAAGAAAGUGACAUUUACUUUGAUUGACCAGCAAGAAGAUCCAAACCAGAAGGAAAAUGUAACUAAGGAGUUCAUUACAGGCGGUUAUCCAGACAACUUUAAAAGGCCUUUGGAAGAGGAGAGCGCAGGAAUGGGCUUUCCUGAAUUCGUAUCUCACGAGAAACUUAAUUCAAGACGCUACAUUGUGGAUGACACUUUGUUUCUUCAGGUUGAAGUCGGACCCCCAUCCUCUUGAUUUGCUUGUUCAUCUCAAAUCUUAAACUCUCGCGGUUCUGGACUAAUAUCAAAGUGACUUAAAGGGCACUUACAUAGUCACAAGACUUUAAUUUGAACAAAAACGUGUAUCAAGAAUACGUACUUAUACACAUAGGUUUAACAUAUGUACCAUGUAGGUCUAAAAGUACGUAAAACAGGCUACGAAUAAUAGCACCGGAUUUGCCGCAUUUACUUUACGAAGUUCAGGACAAUUCGAUUACAUUUUUUCUCAAGGAGAUAGUUAAAUAUAUGUCCCUAAAACAAAACAAAAACAAAAAGCAAACAAAACCCGAGAUGGCUACUAAGAAGUAAUAAUACUAUUUUUAUAUUUGUUAGAAACCAAGACCAUUUCCAGGAAUAGUCGCCCUCCUAGGUUUUCUCCCUCUUCAAUCAGGUUUAAUUUGAGCACGAAUA